CAUACUGCUGCAACGUUUUGGUGACACUUGCCACACUGAGGAUUGUAGGACCUCUAUAGUGGAUACUGGUUGGAGUAUCAUUGAAAACAACAUGUUAAGUGAUUUGAAAAGCUCCACAGCCCACUGGCCCCACAGUCCCAGCACCGACAACUCAAAGGAGAUUCAACAGGAACCGGUCUGCAGAGACAGUUUUAACACAUGCAACUUUAAAAGUCUUCUGAAAUCCUGUCGAAUCUGCAGCGCUCCACAAAUUUUGUCAGGGAGGGACAGGACUGUAAAAAAGAAAAAGAGUGUGUCCUUUAAUGAUGAUGUCACGGUCUACCUGUUUGAUCAGGAGAGUCCCACCGUGGAGCUGCACUCUGGGCCCUACACAUCUCUGCCAAGCAGCUAUUCCUGCAACCUGCCAGAUGUCAUAUUAGAAGACAGUGGUUUGGAGUGGGAGGACGACUUCUCAGCUUUGGAGAAGAGCUGCCAUUUUCAGUGUGUCAGACACUCGAUAUCUCAGCACUACACCCUUUCCUUGCCAGAGCAGAGCCACACUACUCUUCCCAGGCGUUUCUGUCUGUCCCAAACCUGCCUGUUCCUCACCCAUGUCACCGAGUCAGACCUUGAGGUGUGAGAUAAAGGACAGCCAGCCUUGGUCUAAUGGAAAAACUGACUAAUCGUCCAGAUCUCGUCCUCCUCACCUCUAACUCAUCUGCCCACCCACCCCCCUCCUCUUUUAUGAUGAGUCAGGGAUUUUAAUGGGUUUUUUUCCUCUCUCUUUUCCAAAUGGAUUCAUAGCACCUGGCGUUCAUGACAUCACAGCCAUGCAGGACUGUGUGACAGUGCAUUCAGCCUUCACAGUUGUUGGUAUUACACGAUCACUGGCUAUGAUGUGAUAAAACAGCCAGUUGCAUAACAGCGCCGGUACCUUUCCAGCUGUAAACCUGUUUGGAAGCUGCUUUCCAUGCCAGGUUGUGUCCUUGGACCUGAAACAUUAAUGUUGUAAAUUCCAAAUUACAUGAGUUUAAUAAACUGUCAUUAGUGUCUGGAAUCCCAUUUUAUCUUUAAAUUGUUGUAUUCAGCAAAUUCCAGGUUAAUCUUGGGACUAUACUAAGACUAUACUGUUGUUUAUACAGUUUGUUUUGCUCAAACAGAGCAUGCUUGUGGAGGCCCUGUUUGCUUGCCUCAUUACUGAAGUGUAUUCAGCUAAGAAUUUAUCAGCGGCUGUGGUUAAAUAAACAGUGUAAGCCUUAGGGCCAAUGGAGGCAGAAACUGAACAAACUAAAAGUAAUAGAUAAUGUUUCCACAGAGCCAGCAUCAGCAAGGUUUGGUUGAUUAGAUAUAGUGUACCUGAGGAGGAAAGGAAACCUGGCAGGACCAGUCUUAGUGUUCUCUCUCUCCUACUCUCUCUCACACACACACAACACACACACACACAACACACACACACAUACACACACACA